CUCACCUCCACCAUGUCCUCCUCCAUCUACAACCACAAACAUCUCCAGCCGACAGGUGCCUCGACUCAGGGCCCGUCCCAGCAGCAUUCAAGUCAUGCUCGCCUUAACGACGGCUUUGAGACUAUCCGUGCAGAGUUCAACAUGCUCAUCCAGGAGCUCGACAUGUUCCGCACCCAGCGAGACGAUCUCGACAACAAAGUCACUGGCCAGGUCAACGAGCUCAACAUAAUUCGUCAGUCUCUCUACGAGCUCGAGACUCAGCAUGGCAAGAUCCGUCAGCAGUACGAGGACGAAAUUCGCGCCCUCCGCACAGAGCUCCAUGCCCUCCGCUCUCAGGGACGCGACAACCUCGGUCUCGCCUCUCUCGGUCGUGACCGCGAAGCCCGCGACCUCCGAGACCGUGAUGGCGAUAUCCGCAUGGCUCCCGCCCCGGGCGUUCCCAUCCCCCGUCCCCAGGAGGCCGCCCCUCUUCCGCUCACGCCCGUCGGUCCUGCUGGCCCUGGUGCCGCAUUCGACCCGUUCUACAGUCGUGAUCGCGAAAGAGAGCGCGAUAGAGAUCGCGAGCGGAUAUUGAACGAACGGGACCGAGAACGCAUCGAGAGAGAACGCGCCACUGCUAUGGACCGUGAACGCGAACGUGAGCGCGCAGAAAGGGAGCGCGCCGAUCGCGAAAGGGGCGAAGUCAAGCGUAUUAAAACCGAGCGGAUGAAGUCUGACCGUGGCGGUGACCCGUUCUCGCCCUCGCUCAAUCCGCUCGCGCACACUCCUCAUCAUGCGCAUGCGAUUGCUCACGCACAGCAGAGCAUCUCGCUCGGACCUGCAGUGCCUCCAUCUGCGUCGUCGACCUCUGGCCCCACGGCACUGCCAACCCCUCCUGUGAGCACGCCUGCGGGACAGGUGACACCGAAGCUGCCCCCUACUCCUGGUGUGGGAAUGGGCGUGGCUAUGCCACUGCCUCCUCCCCCGACGUAUGUGACUCAAGGUGCACGAGAAGGCCCAGCGACGCAGGGACCCGGACGGGAAGCACCGCAGCAGGUUCGAGAAAGGGAGGCGAGAGACGUUUCGAUGAGAGAGAGGGAGGGCCCGAUUAGAGAUUCAAGGGAGGGUCCGAUGAGGGAGAGAGAGGGUCCGAUGCCAGUGAGAGACAGAGAGGGAAGAGAGGAGAGGGAGGUGAACGGUACUGGCAAUCCUCCCUUCCCGACUCUGCCGCCAUCAUCCUCUAACGCCAUUCCCCCGGCCUCCCUGCCCGCGCCACCCGCACAUGUGUCCUCAUCCACUGCGCUUGUCCCGGCCGCGCCCGCGCCCACUUCUCCCGCUGCGCCCACGAAUCCGGAGGCGGGAACGGAGUUGAGUAUGGACCCGAUGGCCGUGCCGCCCGAGUUUAAGAAGGAAGGCGCCGACUGGUUUGCGGUGUUCAACCCCAAUGCGGCGGGCGCGGGGAAGGAGAAGAAGCGGACACUGGAUGUGAACUUGGUGCAUACAUUGAUGCAUGAGAGCGUGGUGUGCUGUGUGCGCUUCUCGGCAGAUGGGAAGUACCUUGCGACUGGGUGCAACCGGACGGCGCAGAUUUAUGAUACGAAGACGGGGCAGAAGACUUGUGUGUUGGUGGACGAAGCUGCUAGCAAGACGGGCGAUCUUUACAUUCGCAGCGUGUGCUUCAGCCCUGACGGGAAACUGCUCGCGACAGGCGCGGAGGACAAGCAGAUCCGAAUCUGGGACAUCGCGAAGAAGCGCAUUCGGAACGUGUUUGACGGGCACCAGCAGGAGAUUUACUCACUCGACUUUUCGAAAGACGGGCGGCUGAUCGUCUCGGGCUCAGGGGACAAGACCGCUAGGAUCUGGGACAUGCAAGAGGGUGUCUUGAGCAAAGUCUUGUCAAUCAAUGAGAACGAGGGUGAUGCGGGCGUAACCUCUGUCUGCAUUUCGCCGGAUGGGCGAUUCGUCGCUGCGGGCUCACUCGACACAAUUGUGCGCAUCUGGGACGUCACCACUGGGCAGCUCGUCGAGCGGCUCAAGGGGCACAGGGACAGCGUGUACAGCGUCGCGUUCACACCCGAUGGGAAGGGCCUCGUAUCGGGCAGCCUGGACAAGACACUCAAGUACUGGGACAUUCGGCCGAUCCUGAGCGGACGCAAGGGUGAGAAGGGCAGCCAAUGCACGAUGAACUUUACGGGGCAUAAGGAUUAUGUGCUGAGCGUGGCAGUUUCGCAUGAUGGCCAGUGGGUCGUGAGCGGAUCGAAAGAUCGCGGGGUGCAGUUUUGGGAUGCGAAGACGGCGGUUGCGCAUUGUAUGCUGCAGGGGCACAAGAAUUCGGUGAUCUCAAUAGACUUGAGUCCGGCGGGAAACAUUCUGGCGACUGGCAGUGGCGACUGGCAGGCGCGAAUAUGGAAUUACACGGCGCUGUAGAGUCUGCGCCAUUUCACGUUGAGCCCCCUUGCUUUCCUCUUUCGGAUCUCUGUGUCUCCAUCUCUCGACUCCUGCUUCCUGCCAUAAUGUGCUCGUUCUCUUUUCUAUGUCAAGUUGGCUACGAUCUCAAACAUGAAUACUCUGUAUCGACUGCAUCAAAAUGCUUAUCGAUUAACACAACCGUGAUGUGCUGAUGUUGCUUGAGUAUGACGUAGUAUAUAUAUUCUCUGAUUGUCGGUGGUAACGGCGAGGUGGAGCGGAGCAAUUGUUGUUGUUGUUGCUGCUGCUCCCGUACUGUGCUGUACUACCUGGAUAUGCCGCUAUGUUAUCAGACUCGUGUUGUCAUAUACGUACGUAAGUAUAUACCCUUUUUCUGCUCCUCGAACGCAUAGAACAAUGAGAUCUGAGAGGCC